CCUCUCUGAGCUGACUGUUGAGAAGGAGCUGGCCACCCACAUCAGGACUGGGGGGAAAGUAUUGGGAGCAAAGGAUCCACAGCGAUUUUGGUCUAUUAAAGGCAAAAAAAGAAUGCCUGAAGCAGAUUCAAAGAGAACACGUUUUGAAGGUCCAUACAGACCUGUGUGGUCAGUACUGAGGGAUGUCGGCAUGGUUUAGGACCUGGGAUUUGGGGGUGAAGUUGGACCGAUGAAGUGCUUCCAGAGAGCCCCAGUCUAGCUAACACCCACCGUGGGGCCUCAGGUUCUUCUUUACAGGGCCGCUGAGUCACUUCUUCUACCUCUUCAUGGAAAGCUGGAUCCCUUCUGAGGUUCCCUUGGCAGGGAUCAAGAGGCUCCUCUUGGACCGCCUGCUCUUUGCACCGGCCUUCCUGUUGCUGUUCUUUCUCAUCAUGAACUUUCUGGAGGGGAAGGACACGUCUGCCUUCGCCGCCAGGAUGCGGAGAGGCUUCUGGCCAGCGCUGUGGAUGAACUGGAGGGUCUGGACGCCCGUGCAAUUCAUUAACGUCAACUACGUCCCCGUGCAGUUCCGGGUGCUUUUUGGCAACCUGGUGGCUCUGUUCUGGUAUGUCUACCUGGCCUCUCUGGGGAAGUGAAGACGGCCCGGGG